AGGAAUGUUGACUCGAUAGUCCCUCGAGAGGAGCCGAAAUAGGUAACCACACUGAGCAACCCUCUCAACAGCUCGCCCGUCCUAUAAAACCAGCGAAAGCCUCCUCCCCAAGACACUCCCAUCAACCACCACAUCAAACUUCAGUCACUCUCUCAGCACAUCCAGUCUUUCCUCCGAGCUUUUGGCUCCCACACUCUUUUUACGAUUCCAAACCCAAGCCCACAAUGAAGAUCAUCAACCUCGCCCUCGCCGCCACGUUCGCCUUCGGCGCCUUCGCCUCCCCCAUCGCCGAGCCGGCAACCUCGGGCAACCCGUCCAUCGCCCUGCGCUCUGUCCUCGAGGACCGCGCUACCUGCGUGGCCACCAGUGACUGCAGCUGGGGGUACGCUGGCAAGUGCGAGCAGUUCUGCCGCGUGCUUGGGUACAAGUUCAAGAAGAUGGAGAAGUGCGACUUCUUGAACCGCAAGAGGUGCUGCUGCAAGAGAUAAGUGCGUCGUGGUGUCUAGAGAUCCCGUCUUAUCACGGUAGGACUAAUUACAUUCUUCUUGCUUCGUUCGAAGACCUAUCAAGUGUAUAAUCAACGAGGAGGGGAUGUUGACGGAUCUGGAUACAAGCCGCACGGGGCUUAGCAUGGGAAAUUAGGUGUAAUAUUUGUAUCAUUCUUGUGGCAGUACGACGCCCGUAUUUGGGGGUCUACUCUACGGCUUGUAUUGAGCAUUGCUCGGUGUUCCAUCGACCUGUAGCGCCGGGAAUGCAAAGUCUUCUGC